GGGCUGGGAUAAAGCGCUAGGGGGCGUCUCCGGGCGGUUGCUGCGGCCUUAGCAUCAGCGGCGGCCGCUGGAAGGUGAACGGAGGAAGCGCCCUUGCUGUCUGGCUUCUGCCCCUGCCGCCGCCGCGCUGGGGAUCCGGGCAGCAGCAGCUUCCUGAUUCAGCAGCAGGAAGAAGACAUUAGGCACCUUGGCCUGGUGCCUUGCUACCGCUCCCCCCCCCAGCGCACACGCCUCUCCUCCCGGUUGGCUUCCGUUCCAUCGAUGGGGCAGUGAAGGAUGCUGCCGGGCCCUGGGGAAGCGACAGCAGCAGCAUCUCCGUCAGCAAUCUCAGCCCUUCAAGGCUCCUGUUAGGUACUAAACAGUAUUAGAGGAAACCUACACUAAGGUCAUAUAUCAUCUCCAAACAGCUGGCCAGAAGCCUGGUUGUCACUGCCUGCCCGGUGUAGAAUGGCAUUUGGGCUCAGCACUCUGUUCUUGUUGCUGUGGGCAAUAACAGGGUAUUUCUGUGAGCAGUGCACGGAAGGAGCCACAUAUGCAGACGCAGUGAUAUCUCCUAAUUUAGAUACCACUAAAAUCAUGCGAGUUCCCCAUGCCAUGUCGAUGUCAGACUGCACAGCGGCUUGCUGCGAUCUUUCGGGCUGUGACUUGUCCUGGAUGUUUGAACGGCGCUGCUACAUUGUGAACUGCCAGCAUAAAGAAAAUUGUGAACCUAAGAAAAUUGAAACAGUGAAGUCUUAUCUUACGUUUGUACUUAGGCCUUCUCAGAGGCCAGGUGCAUUGCUAGGGUAUGGACAGGUGCUGCCAAAUAUGGUUCACUCUGUGGGACUACAGAGUGAGCCCUCUGAGGAAGUGAGUAACCUGAAGGAGCUUUCUUUGCUGAGUAAAGAUCACAGCCUUGAGGAGAUACCUGAAUACACUGAUGACUACAGGAACUUGGAGAAGGACCCCUUUCAGCUGAGCAUCAAGCACAAACAGAAAGAGAGCACUGAUUACACAGACUGGGGCCUGGUGGUGACCAGUGAAAAUGGUUUCAACCCUACAUUAGCUGAUACUGAAGACAACCAUGAGGAUUUGGCUGAAAAGCACAUGGAAGGCAGUAGACUGGAAAAUCUCAUGACUAAAAGUGGGUCCAAUUCAAACUCUGUUCCUAUUGAACAUGCCAAGGAGAAAAUGCCAUCUCUCGCUGAGAUGACACCAUUCCCACUGGAGUCCACUGAAAGCGAAGCAGCUAGACAACCACCUGUACAAGCCAUUGACAACUUGGGGAAAGAGGUUCUAAAGCCUUCCCAUAACCCUCCUUCAGACAAUCUGGAAUCUACCCAAGCUAUCGCAGAGAGAACCCAAAUCCCAACAACAGCCCCCUGGAGUCUGACACAAGAUGGGAUCACACCACUUCCAGCUAAUUCUGUCAUCUCUCAGGCCACUGUCACGCAGCAGGUCACAUCUCCCACCACUGCUGACAAAGCGGAUACAGUAAAAGAACUCGUAGUGUCAGCUGGAGAUAACUUACAGGUGACUCUACCAAAAAAUGAAGUUGAACUGAAUGCCUUUGUUGUGCCACCACCCCGCACAGAAACAGCCUACAGCUAUGAGUGGAGCUUGAUCAGUCACCCUGCUGACUAUGAGGGUGAAAUGGAGCGAAAGCGUACACGGACACUGAAAUUCUCUCAACUCUCAGUAGGCCUCUAUGCCUUCAAAGUGACUGUUUCUGGUGAAAACGGAUUUGGAGAAGGAUUUGUAAAUGUCACUGUCAAACCAGCAGUCAACCAACCACCUGUAGCAGUUGCUUCCCCCAACGCACAGGAGGUGUUUUUGCCUACAACUUCGACCUUCAUUGAUGGCAGUCAAAGUAGAGAUGACACUAAGAUACUGAGUUACCACUGGGAGGAAAUUAAAGGUCCCUUGCGAGAACAGAAGGCAUCAGCUGACACGCCUGUUUUGCACUUGUCUAACCUUGUUCCCGGAAAUUACGCUUUCCGGUUAACAGUAAUUGAUUCAGAUGGAGCAGUAAACUCCACAAUUGCAUCUCUGACAGUCAACAAACCAGUGGAUUACCCACCCAUUGCCAACACAGGACCAAAUCAGGCAAUAACUUUGCCCCAAAACUUCAUCACACUGAAUGGAAACCAGAGCAGUGAUGAUCAUGAGAUUGUCAGCUACGAGUGGUCGCUUAGCCCCAAAAGUAAAGGCAAAGUAGUUGCAAUGCAGGGAGUGCGGACUCCAUACCUCCAGUUGUCUGCAAUGCAGGAAGGAGAUUAUACAUUUCUGCUGACUGUUACAGACUCAGCGAGACAGCGGUCUACAGCUGAGGUCACCGUGAUUGUACAGCCUGAAAAUAACAGUCCUCCAGUAGCGGUGGCUGGUCCAGAUAAAGAAUUAACAUUUCCAGUAGAAAGCACUACACUGGACGGAAGCAAAAGUCAUGAUGACCAAGGCAUUAUUUUCUAUCACUGGGAAAAUAUCAGGUAUCUAGUAAGAAUGAGUGGGCCAACCACUGUGCAAAUGGGAAACAUUGACAAAGCAGUGGCAACUGUAACUGGUCUACAGGUUGGUACCUAUCACUUCCGACUGACAGUGAAAGAUUACCAGGGAUUAAGCAGCACAGCUACACUCUCUGUUACAGUUAAGGAAGAAAACAAUAGUCCUCCCCGGGCUCAUGCAGGAGGCAAACACAUUCUUGUGCUUCCUAAUAACUCUAUUACAUUGGAUGGUUCACUGUCUACUGACAACCAAGGGAUUGUAUCAUAUCUGUGGAUUCGGGAUGGCCAGAGCCCAGCAGCUGGCGAUGUGAUACAUGGCUCAGACCAUGAGGCAGUUCUGCAGCUAACCAAUCUUGUGGAAGGACUCUAUAUUUUUCACUUGAAAGUCACAGAUGCUAAAGGAGAUUCAGCUGUUGACACUACUAUAGUUGAAGUGCGGCCUGACCCUAAAAAAAAUGGUCUGGUGGAGUUGAUUUUGCAAGUCGGAGCUGGCCAGCUGACUGAGCAACAAAAGGACACCCUGGUGAGACAGCUAGCAGUGCUGCUGAACGUCUUGGAUUCAGACAUCAAAGUUCAGAAGAUACAAGCCUAUUCAGAUUUAAGCACAGCGGUUGUAUUCUAUGUGCAGAAUGGGCAUCCUUUCAAAGUAAUAAAGGCUUCAGAUGUUGCACGGAUGCUGCAUGUGCAGCUGCUAAAGGAGAAGGCUGACUUCCUGCUUUUUAAAGUUCUGCGGGUUGACACAGCUGUCUGCCUUUUAAAAUGCUCUGGACAUGGUCACUGUGACCCCAUCACAAAGCGUUGUAUUUGCUAUCAGCUGUGGAUGGAGAACUUGAUCCAGCGUUACCUAAAUGAUGGAGAGAGUAAUUGUGAAUGGAGCGUACUCUACGUGACGGUAUCCACUUUCAUUUUGGUUCUGCUCAUGGUAAGCUUGGCGUGGCUCUGCAUCUGCUGCUGCAAGAGCAGAAAGACAACAAAGAUAAGAAAGAAAACCAAAUAUACUAUCCUAGAUAACAUAGAUGACCAGGAGAGGAUGGAGCUAAGCCCCAAAUAUGGUAUAAAACACAGAAGUACAGAACACAAUUCCAGUCUGAUGGUUUCAGAGUCUGAGUUUGACAGCGACCAGGACACUAUCUUCAGCAGAGAAAAGGUCGAAAGAGAGAAUCCUAAGAACAUCAUGAAUGGUUCUGUCAAAAAUGGAGUUUCCUUCAGCUAUAGCUCGAAAGACAGAUAAUUGAAUGAGUGUAAAAUGAAAGGACGUGCUGAUUUGACACACCAAGAAAGUGUUGAUCCACCUUUUGUUUUUCAAAAUCGAAAUCUUCCUAAAAUUUUAUCCUAACAGCAGAUGAAGUAAAAUUCCAGUACAGCGGAGGGGGGAUUAAACAAACAACUAACUCUUGUCAUUGGUGUCAGAAGCACAUUUAAUUCCUCAUUUGCUCUUUGCUGAACAUUUAUGCAUAAAUGUCAGCAGACAUUUUUCCUAUAGUAGACCAAUGAAUCACUGCUAUGACCCCAACCAGGAGUGUUCUGUUACUAACAAAGGUGACUGUCUGAGGCUAUAUACAGGCUGUGUCUUCACUCUGUUUCCGUCACUCGGAGGAGCACUGUUUUAUGUUAUGUUAUGUAGUUAAUGUAAAACAGUAAAAGCCAACAUUCAGAGUUUCUAGCUGCAAAGAGCAAAGUUUGGCUACAAGCUCCAUCUUCAUAUACAGUUUUUAAGUUGGAUACAGAAAGGGGAAGUCCAUAGCUAGCAUUUUUAAUACAUAGUAUUUACCUCCUAAGCUCUGCUUUAUGACUGUGGUUUUUAGGGUAGCAUGCCUAAGGUGAAAAUGCCUCUGUUUUUAAGGGACAUUUGCUAUCUAGCAGUUUCACUUAAUCAGUUGCAAGCUAAUGUGAUACGUUUGUAUCCUGUACAAAGCACAUGCCCCCUAUAUUUACAGCGAAAAAAUGACGGCAGUGGAGGAAUCCUGCCUUUUAUUCUCUUCCGUUAUGAUGACUGAGGCAUGUAUUUCUGUUCCCUGUGGGGCCUGAGGGCCCGAGGGGUAUGUAAGAAAGAGGAGAGGGGGUCGGGAGGACUUAGUACCUGUAUGCCUCCUGCCAUGUGUUGAGCACCCUAAACUUCCUUUGGCUUAAAUUAGAGUUUAAGGUGCUCAGGACCUUGUAAGAUUGGACCCUUAAUGCACUUAAAUGGAGAUGGACACUAGAAUAUGUCAGCCGGGGAGGUUUGUAAUAGAGUUAGAAUGUGUCAAGGCUGUUACUGAGCAAAGGCUUGUAACAAAGAGCCAUAUAGGAAGCAGGAGCUUUGAUCGCACAGUAAGGGUUAGUUAGGGCUGACUGAAACUUUUGCUUGAAUAUUAGAGGGUUUUUUUUGUUUACUCUUUGCUAGGGGGUUGGCUGUCUUGGAUCAGGAAAAAGGGCAAGACUGUGUGAGUUUUGAGCUCACUGUUGUUCAUAAUUAUUGUUCAGCACCCAGGUAUUAUUCAGGGGUGCCAUAUUAGAAGUGCCCCAUCACGUCCUUGAGAUCUGUGUAAGGAGAACCCAGUUUAUAUGUGGACUUCAUUUGUUCAUGGCUACGGUGGUGGGAGAUACAGACCAGUCAGCUUGACUUCAGUAUCCGUGAAAUUCAUUGAGCAAAUUAAGCAAUCAGUUUGUGAAGACCUAGAAGAUAAUAAGGUGGUAAGUAAUAGCAUGGAUUUGUCAAGAACAAAUCAUGUCAAACCAACUCAAUAGCUUUCUUUGACAGGGUAACAAGCCUUGUGGAUGGGGCAAGCAGUAGAUGUGGUAUGUCUUGAAUCUGCUAAGGCUUUCAAUACUGUCUCGCAUGACUGUCUCAUAAAUAAGCUAGGGAAAUACAACCUAGAUGGAGCUACUAUAAGGUGGGUGCAGAACUGGUUGGAAAAUCGUUCCCAGAGAAUAAUUAUCAGUGGUUCGUUCACAGUCAAGCUGGAAGGGCAUAACGAGUGUGGUCCUGCAGGUAUCAGUUGAGGGUCCAGUUUGGUUCAAUAUAUCUUCAUCAGUGAUUUAGAUAAUGGCAUAGAGAGUACACUUAUAAAGUUUGCGGACGAUAUCAAGCUGGGAGGGGUUGUAAGUACUUUGCAGGAUUGGAUUAAAAUUCAAAAUGAUCUGGACAAACUGGAGAAAUGGUCUGAAGUAAAUACGAUGCAAAGUACUCCACUUAGGAAGGAACAAUCAGUUGAACACAUGCAAAAUGGGAAAUGACUGCCUCGGAAGGAGUACUGCAGAAAAGGAUCUGGGGGUCAUAGUGGAUCACAAGCUAACUCUGAGUCAAUAGUAUAACACUUCUGCAAAAAAGGCAAACAUCGUUCUGGGAUGUAUUAGCAGGAGUGUUUUAGGCAAGACGUGAGAAAUAAUUGUUCUAUUCUACUCUGCACUGAUUAAGCCUCAACUGGAGUAUUGUGUCCAGUUCUGGGCACCACAUUUCAGGAAAGAUGUGGACAAACUGGAGAAAGUCCAGAAGAGAGCAACAAAAAUGACUAAGGUCUAGAAAACAUGACCUAUGAGGGAAGGUUGGAAAAACUGGGUUUCUUUUUCUUGAGUGGUAACAGCUAAUUUAUAAUCCAUCAUUAUAUAUGUGUAGUUGGGAUUAUAUUUUCCAAUGUGCAUUAUUUUGCUCUUAUCAAUGUUGAAUUUCAUCUGUCAUUUUGUUGUAAUUCUUUGCAGUCAGCUUUGGAUUUAAUUAUAUUGAAUAAUUUUGUAUCAUCUGCAAACUUUGCCACGUCACUGUUCACUCCCUUUUCCAGAUCUUUAAUUAAUAUGUCAAACAGCACAGGUCCCAGUAUAGAUCUUUGGGGUACCCUGCUGUUUACCUCUCUCUGACUAUUUAUUCUGACCUUUUGUUUCUGAUCCUUUAACCCAGGGUUAAACUUUUUCACCUGAGGGCCACAUCGGGUUUCUGAAAUUUGUAUGGAGGGCCAGUUAGGGGAGGCUGUACCCCUUCCCCCCAGCUUCUUGCCCCCUGACGGCCCUCCCCGGGACUCCUGCCCCAUCCACCCACACCCACACACACACACACACACACCCUCGCUCCCUGUCCCCUGACUGCUCCCCACAGCCCCAUCCAACCUCUCCUCUCAUUCCUGACUGCCCCCCCGGUGACCCCUGCCCCAUCCAAUCACCCCUUCUCCCUGACUGCCCCUAGAACCCCUGCCCCUGAUUGCCCACUGCUGCCCCAUCCAACCUCCCCCUUUCCUUCCUGACUGCCCCUCCUGCCCCCACUCAACCCUCCUGUUCCCCACCCUCUGACCGCCCCGACCCCUAUCCACACCCCCACCACCACCCCGAACUCUCCUGCCCUCUAUCCAACCCUCCCUGCUCCCUGUCCCCUUACUGCACUGCCUGGAGCACUGGUGGCUGGUGGUGCUACAGCCACACCACCCAGAACACCAGGACAGGCAGCCCUGCCGCCUGGCUGGAGCGAGCCACACCACCACGCAGCAAGAGCCCCGCCGCCCAGAGCAUUGCGCUGGCAGUGCAGUGAGCUGAGGCUGCGGGAGAGGGGGAAAAGUGGGGGAGGGGCUGGGGGCAAGCCUCCCGGGCCAAGAGCUCAAGGGCCAGGCAGGAAGGUCCCAGUGGCCGGAUGUGGCCCGUGGGCUGUAGUUUGCCCACCUCUGCUUUAACCCGUUACUGAUCCAUGAGAGGACUGUCCCUCUUAUCCCGUGAUUACUUAGUGUCCUUAAGAGCCUUGGUGAGGGACCUUGUCAAAGGCUUUCUGAAAAUCCAAGUACACUAUAUCCGCUGGUUCUCCCAUAUUCACAUGCUUGUUGAUGCCCUCAGAAUUCUAAUAGAUUGGUGGAGCAUGACUUGCCUUUACAAAAUUCUGUUGUCUCUUCCAUAACAAAUCUUGUUUAUUUGUGUGUUUGAUCAUCGUUUUCUUUACUAUAGUUUCUACCAAUUUGCCUGGUAGUGACAUACGCUCACUGAUCACGAUCUCCUUGGAUGCCCUUUUUAAAUAUCAGUGUUUAAAUUAGCUACAAUCCUGUCAGCUGGUACAGAGUUUCAAUGAUAGGUUACAUACUACAGUUAGUAAUUUCUCAGUUUAAUAUUUGAUUUUCUUGGGUGAAUACCAUCUGGUCCUGGUGACUUAUUACUGUUUAAUCUUCUAUUGACACAUCAGUGUGGGAUAGUACUUCAGAUUUUGUGGUUUAAAAAAAAAAUAGCUCUGAAGUCUGUAUCGCCCCCACAUCCUCUGCAGUAAAAAUCGAUGCAAAGAAUUCAUUUAACUUUUCUGCAAUGGCCUUGUCUUCCCUUAGUGCUCCUUUAGCAUCUUGGUAUUGUAGUGGUCCCGGUAUCUGUUUAGGAGGCUUCCUGCUUCUGAUGUACUUCAGAAAAUUCUUACUGUUAGUUUUUGUGUCUUUAGCAAGUUGCUUCUCAAAUUCUUUUGUGGCCUGCCUUAAAAUUGAACAUGUAACCUGUCAGAGUUUGCGGCACCUUCCUAUAAUCUUCACUAGGAUUAGACUUUCAAAUGGUAAAAGACGCCUUUUUACUAAUGGCCUCCACAGCUCUGCUGUUUAGCGAUGGUGGCAUUCUUUCUGUCCUUUUUUUCUGAUUUUUGGUGUAGAUUUAGUCUAAGCCUCUUUUACGGUGUUUUUAAAUAGUCCUCAUUCUGCUUGCAGGCAUUUGACCCUUGUGACAACUCCUUUUGAUUUCCAUCUAACAAGCAUGCUCAUUUUUGCGUAGUUCCCCCUUUUUAAAAUUAAAUAUUAAUACCUUUCUGGCUCUGAGAAUUUGUGAUAUCAAAUGUUCAUAUCAUCAGUGGUCCUUAAGGCUAGCAUGACUUCUUUGUCAGGCAUUCAGGACUGAAUAUAACAAGCCCUGGACUUUGGAUCAGUGUAAUUUUUAUAUCUAAUAAUGCUGAAUUCCUGGAGUCUCUGUGCAGGCAAUACCCAGAACUGGGAGGACACGGCUAUUAACUGGUAGAGUUAAAAUGCAUUGGUGGAACUGAGUGGGGAAGUCUUCUUAUUUUUAUGGACUGUGCUGGACUUGAAGCACUCAAGAUCCACUCUGACAGACAAAAUAAAAAUAUUAAAAAUGCCCCAGGAUGCUGGGAACUACUCAGAAAAUUCCCCCACCUACUAUACAAGCAGCAGAGACUUGCAAUGCUAACGCUGUACACGAAUGCAUCAAUAUGUUAAUAAGGACAAGCAUAGCAACUAUAUUCUUGUCCGCAUCCCUUCAAAGUUAAGCCCUAGUGCAGCUGAUAUAUUGAAGAUGCUCUCACUCAUUACUAUGAGGCAUUUAAUAAGUCCGCACACUAAUUGUUGCACAUGAGAGCAUCCAUACUUACAGAACAUAAAACUACACCACUAUAAGCAAGCUAACACCUCUUUUUAUCAUGGCAGACAAAGUGCUUCUGCAAUAUGAGGUGAAAUUUAGCUGGACAUAUCUGACAAGAACAGUAAAAGCAAAGCCUCUGUCUUCUAAUUCAACCCCUGUAUUAACGGAGCUGUUGCUGAUAGUGUUAACUGUUGUCUGAUGGUCAUGACUAAGUUACAUUUGACGAGGCCAGUUCUCAUUUCUUGUUUCACACUUGUCAGAUAUAUUUCUAACUACCUUCUGGGAGGAUAAAAGGAACUUUAUCAGCCUCAUUGUCAAGUGCACCAGAUACAGCUGUAGUUCAGGGACCGCUGCCACGCACACGCUGCCAUGUUGCCAAACAUGCUUGCCUAUGCGAUGCUAAUUUUACUUUAUUCAGCAGAUUGUCUUGAGGAAAUGGAAGUGCACAAGCUCAUGCAGGGGGGUUCAUCUGCAGGGGGUUUAACAACACAGUAUGUAUUGUCUCCAUUCUUUAUUCUACCCCUUCAAACCUGAGAGCAGCUCAAAACUGCUAGAGCUUAACAUUCCUCAGACAGCUCUGGCCUUCUUCAAACAAUCACAGGCCAAAACCAUCAGUCCCCCCCCCCAUCCCCCCAUUUAAGCAAAAUUCCUGUCCAAGUCUGUGGGUGUAUUGCCUGUAUAACAAGUGUGGGUUUUGAUCUUUGCUAUGUUGAGAUGAUAAAGGAAUAAGUUAUAGUGACCUUGAGUUUUGGGUGGUGAUGGAGCAGAGAAAAUGACAAUUGUCACCUGCUGGACAAUGUAUGGAAGACUGGUCUGAGAAAUAGAGAUGAAUGAUGAAUAUCCCUCUAGGACAGUGGAUCCCAAACUUUUUUCCUGGCGGUCCCUUUCACACUGCAAGCCUCUGAGUCUGACCCCCCUAAUAAAUUAAACAUACUGUUUUAUAUAUUUAACACCAUUAUAAAUGCUCAAGGCAAGCAGAGUUCAGGGUGGAGGUUGACACCUCGCGACCCCCUGAGGGGUCUCGACCCGCCCAGCGUAAGAACCCUUGCUCUAGAAGAAGGACGAGUGGGAUAAGAAAGUGGGGAUGGGAGGUCCUAAAGCAUAAGGGAGAGUUGUACUUUAGGAUUCCGAACACAGCUCAGUGUCAGAUCCAGGUGUAAUGAGGGAGAAAAAAGCCCAUAGGUUUGAAACUGAUAGCACUUUAAAUGAAAAUACAUUUCCCUGUAGCAUAGGCAGUGAAUUAAGUGAAGGUCAGCCACAUGUCAGUACUUUGCCUCUGUAUAGAAGCAUGGUGCCUCGUGUGUUGGUGAGCUACUGCAGACUUUUAAAUAGGAAUCUGUCUCUAGAAAGUGUUAUAUAUUGCAAAUGAUGAUAUAUUAUAACUGGAACCAUUUCUGAAGUGAUACUAUUACAUUUAUGUAGCCCUCCUAAUAAAGAUCUGUCUUUCCCUCUA